CCACAGAGCUUUGACCAGGUCGGUGACUGGUGUUGGGUAUCAAAGCUCUUCCCAAAUAGCUUCCCAAAUAGCUUCCCAAACCUCUCUUUCCCUCUCAUCUAUCAGCUCAUGAUCAAUGCUGCAAGAGCCACAUUCCUCCGCUCUUUUGUCCUCCUUUCCGCGCCUUCGAUCAUCGUCCGAUCACGUAUCCGAUGGAUCUCUGCACUUCUACCCCCAGAUCCUAUGGUCGUCAUCGAUCAUCUCCACACGUUCUUCCACAAUCGCGGCCAACCUGCUUCAGAAUUCGCGAUGGUCUCUGCUCUCAAAUUCUGCUCCUCCCCCUCCCAGUCCGAACAAAUCCAUUCCUUGCUUACAAAAUCCGGUCUCGAUUCCAACAUCUUUAUCCACAACAGUUUAAUCAAUCUUUACACAAAAUGCGGACACAUCGGAACCGCUCGGCUCAUGUUCGAUUCGGCUCCUUUCUUGGAUUCUGCUUCUUGGAACACGAUGAUUGUUGGGUAUGUGAAAUUGGGUCGUCUGGAAGAUGCCUGUUGCCUGUUCGAGGAAAUGCCUGAGAGAGAUUGCAUUUCAUUCACCACGAUGAUAAUGGGUUUUGCCAAAAGUGGCCGACUGAUUGAAGCUUCGGAGGUUUUUCGAGAAAUGAGGGUUGCAGGUGUGGUAGCGAAUGAGGUGACUCUGGCGAGUGUAAUUCCAGCUUGUGUAAAUUUGCACGCCAUGCAAGAUGGAAGAAUGAUUCAUGGGCUUGUAAUUAAGUGCGGGUUUGAACGAUUUGUUCUUGUUUCAACUAAUUUGGUUCAUAUGUAUGCAGUUGGUUCGAGUUUAGCAGAUGCAGAAUUCAUUUUCAAUGAAAUGCCGGAGCAAAACAUUGUUACCUGGAAUGUAAUGUUAAAUGGUUAUGUGAAGUCUGGCUGUGUUGAUUCUGCAAGAGAAUUGUUCGAUAGGAUCCCUACGAGAGAUGUAGUUUCCUGGAGCACUAUGAUUGAUGGGUAUAUCCAAAUGGAUAUGUUGCCUGAAGCUUUGGUUAUGUAUCGUGAAAUGCUGCGUGCGCAGCUGAGGCCAAAUGAGGUCACGGUUGUGGACUUGCUUUCGGCAUGCAGCCACUUUUCAACGGUUGAUGAGGGUUGGCAAUUUCAUGGGAUAGUUUUAAAGAUGGGCUUGGAUUGUCAUGUGUUUGUGCAGGCAACAAUCAUCCAUUUCUAUGCAGCUUGUCAGCAGAUCUAUCUUGCAUGUCUACAAUUUCAAUUGGCUGAUAAGGGCAAUGUAUCAUCAUGGAAUGCUCUUAUUACAGGAUUUAUAAGAAACAACAUGGUUAAUUCAGCAAGGAAAUUGUUUGACGAGAUGCCUGAGAGAGAUGUUAUCUCAUGGAGCUCCAUGAUCGCGGGUUAUGUGCAAAUCGAGCAGUUCCAUUUGGCAUUAGACCUUUUCCAUGAUAUGCAAGUAACGGGGCUGAGGCCAAAUGAAAUUACAAUGGUGAGUGUUGUCUCUGCCAUUGCUCAUUCAGGCACAUUGAAACUAGGAAGAUGGAUUCAUGACUACAUAUGUGAAAACUCCAUCCCUAUCAAUGAUAAUUUAAGCGCAGCGCUUAUUGAUAUGUAUGCAAAGUGUGGGAACAUUGGAGAUGCCUUAGAAAUGUUCCAUCAUAUACGAGAUAAGACCAAUUCUAUCUGUCCGUGGAAUGCGAUGAUAUGCGGGUUGGCCAUGCAUGGGCAUGCAAAUGAGUCUCUAAGCAUGUUUUCAGAUUUGCAAAAGACAGACAUCAAACCCAAUUCAAUUACAUUUAUAGGAGUCUUGAGUGCGUGCUGUCAUGCAGGGCUGUUGGACGUGGGGAGGCGAUAUUUUGAGAGUAUGAAGAAUGUUUAUAGCAUAGAACCGAACAUUAAGCAUUAUGGCUGCAUGGUUGAUCUCUUAGGCAGAGCUGGGUGCUUGGAAGAGGCUGAGAGGUUGAUUGAAAGCAUGCCCAUGAAAGCAGAUGUUGUGAUAUGGGGGAGUAUGUUGGCUGCGUGCAGGACUCAUGGGAAUGUGGAAAUAGGAGAAAGGGCUGCAGAAAGUUUAGAAAAGUUGGAGCCUAGCCAUGGGGCGGGCAGAGUGCUCCUAUCUAAUAUCUAUGCUGAGGCUGGAAGGUGGGAUGAUGUGCUCCAAGUAAGGAGAGAAAUGCAAAGUAGGAGAGUGAAAAAGUUGCCUGGAUUUAGCGGUGUUAUGUGAUGGAUGCAUUGCAAACAUGCAUUAUGAGGCUCUUCGAUCCAUCUCUGGUUAUAUUCAGCAAGCCAUACAACCCAGAGAUUGUUCACAUUUGGCAGCCUCUGCCCCAUGGUGAGUGGAAGUGGAAGCACAAUUUUGAUUCUCGUUGUUUGGGAAUCCAGGUUGUUAUGGUCAGAGAUGAUAAAGGCUCUAUGAUCCUUUCUUUCUUAGUGCUGGUGGGUCUUGGGAGUGCAACAAGAGAAGAGGCGGUGGCAUUGACAGAAGGGCUUAGGUUAUGUGUUUCUAAGAUCUCAGGCCUGCUUAUUGCCAAAGUGGACUCUAUAAAUAUCAUUUCCUAGGCCCCAAAAGGCAGCGAUGAACCAUCAAAGUCUCCUUUAUAUACCACGAGAUUUGUUUCCAGGCAUCUAUGCUAAUCAUUUUGUUUGCUCGUGUUGGAGAGGCCAACUCUACCGAGGACUCACUAGCAAAAGAGGGAGCUCACUGGUGGUUCGUAUGUAUGGGAGACUAUUUCCCUUUUUCUUGGGGCCUGUUUGGUUUUCCAAUUACAAUGGUAAAUGGCUGUAAAUGGGUAAUGAUUAUUUACUCUUGUAAUUGUGUGGUGAAAUCACUUAUAUUAGACUGCAACAAUGAUUUUGCUACAUUGUUUGUUUCACACAGAAAUCACUGUAAGAAUGGUAGUUCUAUAGUGUGAAAAUGUAGCGAUUACAAUCUACUUUACCUAUUUUCUUACUAGUGUGUUUGACUCUUGAUUUAAACACUGGAAAUGAUAAUGAUGGUUCGUUUAAUUUGCAUUUCAUAGGAAAUUGGAAAACCAAACAGGCUCUUAAUUUA